UUUCCCUGGCUGCGGGCGAGACGCGCGAAAGCCGGCCCGGGGCGGAACGACGUGCGAAGUAGGCCCGGGGGGACCCGAGCCCGGCGGCCUGAGCUGGGACUACGCCUCCCAGCGGGCGCUGCCUGGCCACGCCCACUUCCGGCUGAGUGCGCGCGAGAGUCGGGCUGCCGGGCAGGGCCGGGGCGGGAGCGCGGGUGUGGCCGGGGGCGUGUCGCGGGGCCGCCCGAGGGCGCGGGCGCCCGCGUCCCCACGCAUGUCACCGGACGCGCGCACCCGCGCCCUCCCGAGGCGAGGCGGUCCGCGCACCAAGCCCCGGGCGGGCCGGGGUCGGACAGCGGCGGCGCCAGCGGCCCCGGCCUGCGCCGCGCGGAGAAGGCCGCGAUCGCGGGGCCACCUCGUCCCCGAGGCCCGGCGAGGAGCGGUGUCCUGGGCGCCCGUGCGGGGAGCUCUGCUUUCCGGGGACACUGCGCCGCUCCGGGAGAGGAACCGCCAGCGGGAGGUGGCGGGGCGGGGAGCUGGACAGAGAGCCAUGGCGCAGGGCCUGGUGACCUUUGGGGAUGUGGCUGUAGCUUUUUCCCCAGAGGAGUGGGAGUGGCUGAGCCCCACGCAGAGGAGCCUGUACAGGAAGGUGAUGCUGGAGAACUACCGGAGCCUGGCGUCGCUGGGACUCUGUGCUUCUAAGCCCAACAUGAUCUCCUCCCUGGAACAAGGAAGAGCCCCCUGGACGGUGAGGAGAAGGGGGAUGCGAGGCCGGUGCCCAGAAGCGAAGGCUGUGCAGAAGACCCAGGAGGCCCUUCCCGAUCGCCCACGUGAGGAAGGACGAGCCCCGGCGGCAGCAGGAGCGGGGCCCGCGGGCUGUUGCCUGGAGGACUCUAUUUUAGGGGAGAACUGGGGUUCUGCUGCUCUACUUGAGACACAGCCGGGCUUGGUGACCGUCACCAGCAUGGCCAUGGACUUCUCCCGGCAGCCAGACCCAGCUCAGAGGACUUUCUGUAAGGAUGUGCUGUGGGAGGAGCAGAGUGGCCAGGAGUCCGUAGGACGGGGCGUUUCUAAGCCAGACGUGGCCUCUUUCCUGGAGCAAGAGGAGGAGCCCUGGAGGGUGCCCAGAGAGCUGGCUGCAGGCCUGUUCUCAGGCCAGCAAUCUGUUCAUGAGACCCAAGAAUUAUUUCCAAAACAGGACUUAUGUGCUGAUGGAGUAACAGAUCGAACUUCAAGUGCCAAACUUGAGGGUUCCACUUUCAGAGAAAAUUGGGCUUCUGAGUGUGUGUGUGAAGGGAAGCUGGCAUAUCACGAGACAGUCACUCAUGACCAAGCCCCCCCAAAGGAGAGAGAGCAUUUGUAUAACAAACCUAGAAGAUGGUUCCACUUGAAUAGUUCAGAAGAGAGAGUCCAUAGUUGUGAUUCAGGUAAAGGUUUUCAGAAAACUUCAGUGGUAAUAAAACAAGCAGGAAUCUAUGCAGGAAAAAAACUGUUCAAAUGUAAUGAAUGUAAGAAAACUUUUACUCAGAGCUCAUCCCUUACUGUUCAUCAGAGAAUUCAUACUGGAGAGAAGCCCUAUAAGUGUAGCGAGUGUGGGAAGGCCUUCAGUGACGGUUCCUCCUUUGCACGACACCAGCGGUGUCACACGGGCAGGAGGCCCUAUGAGUGCACCGAGUGUGGGAAGGCCUUCAUACAGAACACGUCCCUCAUCCGCCACUGGAGGUACUACCACACCGGGGAGAAGCCCUUCGACUGCGCCGACUGCGGGAAGGCCUUCAGUGAUCAUAUAGGGCUGAACCAGCACAGGAGGAUCCACACCGGAGAGAAGCCCUACACAUGUGACGUGUGUCACAAGUCCUUCAGGUACGGCUCUUCCCUCACUGUGCACCAGAGGAUCCAUACUGGAGAAAAGCCGUACGAGUGUGACGUCUGCAGAAAAGCCUUCAGCCAUCAUGCGUCCCUCACACAGCAUCAGAGAGUGCAUUCUGGGGAGAAGCCUUUCAAGUGCAAAGAAUGUGGGAAAGCCUUUAGGCAGAACAUCCACCUGGCCAGUCACCUGCGGAUCCACACUGGAGAGAAGCCCUUCGAAUGUGGCGAGUGCGGGAAGUCCUUCAGCAUCAGCUCCCAGCUGGCCACUCACCAGAGGAUCCACACGGGGGAGAAGCCCUACGAGUGCCAGGUGUGCGGCAAGGCCUUCACCCAGAAGGCCCACCUGGCGCAGCACCAGAAGACCCACACGGGGGAGCGGCCCUACGAGUGCAAGGAGUGCGGCAAGGCCUUCAGCCAGACCACCCACCUGGCGCAGCACCAGCGCGUGCACACCGGGGAGAAGCCCUACAAGUGCGUGGAGUGCGGGAAGGCCUUUGGGGACAACUCCUCCUGCACCCAGCACCAGAGGCUCCACACUGGCCAGAGGCCUUACGAGUGCCUGGAGUGUGGCAAGGCCUUCAAGACCAAGUCCUCCCUCAUUUGUCACCGCAGAAGUCACACCGGGGAGAAGCCUUACGAGUGCAGUGCGUGCGGCAAGGCUUUCAGCCACCGGCAGUCCCUCAGCGUCCAUCAGAGGAUUCACUCUGGGAAGAAACCCUACGAGUGCAAGGAGUGCAGGAAAACCUUCAUCCAAAUCGGGCACUUGAACCAGCACAAGAGAGUUCACUCUGGAGAGAGGCCCUACGGCUGCAGGAAGAGCAGGAGAGGCUUCAGGCCCACGGCACACUGUGCCCACCCUCCGCGGGGCCACUCUGCAGAGUCCUCCACGACCAGUCCUGUGGACCUCUUCCCCAGAUUCCUCUGGAGUCCGUCCUCACUGCCAUCGCCGUAGUCUCAGGAUAUCAUUUCAGCUGCGUCGUUUCACUUAAAAACUCAUCUGUCUGCCCUUUGUUUUUGUCCCUUAUAAGUUCAUUCUUCAAAGUCAGACUGAUUUUUAAGUGAAAAUGUAAUUAAUUCAUUUGUAUAAAGCUUGUAUUGCGAUCCUCUCAAUGAUUAAUGCAUAAGAUGUGCUGCACAGUGCUGGUCCAUACCAAGCAUUCAGUAAACUUGCUCCUUUUCUUUUCUUGUGGUAAUGAACCUAGGGUGCUUUACCACUGAGCGCAUGUACAACCCUUCUUAGUUUUUGGUAGGUUUUCACUAAGUUGUUGAGGGUGGCCCUGGACAUUGAAAUGUGACUGUAGGGGCUGGGGAUGUAGCUCAGUGGUUGAGUCCUUCCCCAGCAGGCGUGAGGCCCCGGGUUUGAUCCCUAGCACCAGAGGGAGGGAAAAAAGAAUAAGAAAAAGUUAUGGUAGUCAUCUCUAGUAAAAAUGAUGCAGUGGGAUGAAGGGAGAAGCCGAUCGUGGGCCAGGAGUGGAGCUCUGCAGAUAGCUAAUGAAAUCUGCCUGUGUUCCUUUAAAAUUUGAUUCCAUGAUGCUGAGAAGUAUUGUGACAUUCCCUUUGAUCUACACGAAUGUAAGGUGAUCUGAGCUUUUUGGUGGCAAAAUCCAAGUUUAUGUUUGACAACAGUCUUUGAUAGUGUAGAGAACAUGAAUGAAUAGGCCAUUUGGAACAAAUGAAUUAAAUAGAAAAUGCAAGAUUGGUAUGCAGAGUUAAAACUAUUAAUGCAUUACUCAAGUAUGAGAAAGUCGGCAGGAUUUCAUCUAUUUAAAGUCACUUGGUUUGUGAAUGAACUCUGUUAAACAUUUAAGGUACCAUUAACUCUGGAUAAACCAAUCUAGUAGCAAGAGUCAGCAAUCCAUGACUUGUGCCCAAGGUCUCACUGGUGAUUUUUGUAUUGCCCAUGAUCUAAAAUUUUAAAACAUAUUCAUAAGUGGUUCAAAAAUGAAAAUGUUUUCAACAUGAUCAUUAUGUUAAAUUUCAGUGUCUGUAAAUAAAGUCGUGUUUGCAUAUA